AACAUGGACUCACAGCGAAUAAAGAUGUAUUUCAUGGUUGCUUUGUGUUUAAAUGAUGUUUUGGUUUCUGUAUGUGGUGAAGAAGAACAAGACAAGGCGAACGGUUACCUUAUUGAGAAAUGGGAACAAAUGUUUUACGUAAACGACAUAAAUAGGGACGCAAAGCUAACUAUGGAUGACGCAAAGCAGUUUGAGAAAUAUUACAAAGAUUAUCUUGUUGAUCAACAGCUGAAGUCUCUUACAAAACGAAUAGAUAAGGUGUACAGGACAAUCCUCUUAAACAACAAAAAAGAAAUCGCAAAAGAAGACUUUGUUGACAUGAUGAAGCAGAAGUAUGAAUCUGACAAAAAUACCUUCAUUGAGAUGGUACGUGAGUAUAUUUCGGAAUGGUGCAAAGCAAUGGACCUUAAUGGGGACAAAAACAUUUCAAAACAAGAAUUUAUUAUGGAUAUGUUUGCUGAAGGGAAUAAAAAUGCACGAAAAGAGGCGAAGUUUUUCCUCACCUUUAAACCUAAAAAUGGGCAGAUUCCCGUUGACGAGAUAAUUUCUGACUUUAUUCGCUUUGCAACUGAAAGUAAUCCGUCCAAAAUUGAUAUCAUAAAAAACGAAAAUGAUUCUAAUGUUUGAUUUUUAUUUUGUUACAUAUCAUUGUCUUGAGAUAUGCAGACCAUUAAAAUGGCAGAGCCAGUCUUUGUCGUACCACUUAAUUAGUGUUAUUGUCAAAACAAAAUGCAUUUUGUUUCUU